CCUGAACCUCGUACUAUUCCACCCCCAACCAACAACACCCUCUCGUCGAAAGAGCGCUCUGCACUCGUGCGCUCCACCAAGAAGAUAGGUCGUAUGCUCGGCGAUAUCCCGCGAUUUGUCGACGAUAUCGAAGAUCGUGAGCUUAUCAUUUCUUUCACUCACCUGCGUCAUACUGAUGUCAGAUACAGAGUUCGUCAUGGUAACGCCCCCAACACCGCCCACUCCAGCUGGACCCUCCAAAGAAGACGCAUGGAGAAGUCGCAAACCAACUCACCUUCCCCCGAUCAUGAGGCUCUCUGGUGGUAUUGCCGUGGACUCCAACUCUCCACCCAUACCUUCACGUACUGCACCUGUACGGCGCGCUAGCAUCAUAUCAACUUCCUCUAACAAAUCUUCCAUUCACGAACAGCUUCACACUCCAUCCAAGGAGGCUGCACACAGGCGCAGCAAAAUGGAACGGUUACGAAAGAGACUAGGUGAAGAGGUUCCAAUGGAAGCCGUUUUCCCACCUACCCCUGGCCCGAGGACAGCCGUCUCGCAUACCACGAUGCCCGAACGCUCGCGCAACCAUAGCCGCUCGCGGUCUGUGCACCCUUCACAUGACGACACUGUCACAUUCUCGAUAGAUCAACACACCGUCGUUCUCAAAACCACCACACGAGCCAAUCAGCCUCACUCACCUCACCCUCAUCGUUCUCACCAUCCGCACAAAUCCUCACAUCGCCCGCCCCCAAUGCCUAUGACCGGACUACCACCGUUGCCCAAGUCCAAGCUUCCCCGCACCUCGGAUGAAGUGGGCCUAUUAGGCGUAAGGGCCAAGACGGCGGCAGGCUCCAAACUCGGCGGUGCAGAAUUCAAGGCUGCGAGACGUGCCAAACGGGAGGGCUUUGGUGAAGUAGAGAUGGUCGGGUUCAUGGGUGGUUUUUAGGCCUUGCUCUGGGCCUCCACCAUGUGGUCAUGGUGAAUAUAUGCAUAUACGGUGCUCUCGCAUGGAGCCAUUCUAUGCUUUGGGAAUCUUGAGGUUCCGGUAUGCGGAUCUAUGCGAGUCUGGGUAUGCCUUCAUGUUGUCUGUCUAUGUCGUCAAUUGUUUUCUCUUCAUGACGAUACGCACUACACGCCAUUGGGCUGGACCCUGUAUCGACU